AGCGGGGAUCCGUCCUCCCAUCCUGGCGUUUGCCCGCAGCAAGAUGGCGGCGGUCUCAAUGUCAGUGGCGCUGAGACAGGCGUUGUUGGGGAGAAGGGCAGUGGCUACAGCUGCCGUUUCCGUCUCUGGAGUGCCAUCCAGGUACUUGGGCACAUCCACAUGGAAGCUGGCGCAGCACCAGACUCAGGACACACAGCUCAUAACAGUUGAUGAAAAACUGGAUAUCACUACUUUAACUGGUGUUCCAGAAGAGCACAUCAAAACCAGAAAGGUCAGGAUCUUUGUUCCUGCUCGCAACAACAUGCAAUCUGGAGUAAACAACACAAAGAAAUGGAAGAUGGAGUUUGACACCAGAGAGAGAUGGGAAAAUCCUUUGAUGGGCUGGGCAUCAACGGCUGAUCCCCUCUCCAACAUGGUUCUAACAUUUAGUACCAAAGAAGAUGCAAUUGCCUUUGCAGAAAAAAAUGGAUGGAGCUAUGAUGUGGAAGAGAAGAAGGUUCCAAAACCCAAGUCCAAGUCUUAUGGUGCAAACUUUUCUUGGAACAAAAGAACAAGAGUGUCUACAAAAUAGAUACUGACCAAAAGCAGAGCAUGCCUUCCGCGGUACUCUGGGCUCUUUCACAUUUGCUCGGAAGCUCUCCUGUCACAUGGCUGCCUGUAGACUUCUGUUGCCAACUGCAUGGCUUUCUCUCGCCUCCAGUUCUCUUCUCCUGGCAGCUGCCAAAGCCUACAGCUUGCCUGCCCUGUUGGUUUUACUCUCUUAAACUCUCAUAAAAUUGUCCUUGAGCAUCCUUUCAAGUUCAUUUUUAAAUGACUUUAUUGCUGAGAUUAAGAACCCCAAAAGCAAAGCAAGAGGCCAUAGGCCUAUUUAGAGAGACUUGAAAACUGAAAGGUGGGAAGCUAGUUUAAGAAAGGAAACGUCAAAGCCUGUGGAGGGAAUGAACACACACACAAAGCCCAGAGUACACCAAGCGGACUGAAAUAAGGUUUUCAUGGAGACACAAUAAUAAAUAUACUGUCAGAAAUCAAUGACAAAGAAGACUCAUUGCAUGUAAGAGAAAGCCCCAUACUACUACAAGCAGAUUUCUCACCAGAAACCUUUCAGGUCAGCAGAGUUAGGCGAUAUAUGCAAACUGAUGAAAGGCUGGGAGGUCAGCCAACCGAGACUGCUUCACAGGAAGGCCCUGAAUCCUGAAAUGGAUGGCAGCAGAGACUUUCCCCAAGGGAAAGUAAGAGAAUUCCUCACUACAUCUGCUUAUACCCAGCAGAGGAAGCAAGGGAGUGUUAGUUCUCAACAUAAAAAUGCACGAAGAUGCAAAACUCGCCGGCAAAAGUCAGUAUCUACACAAAGUCAGAAUGUCUGAAGCCUUAGCAGGCUGUCACUCCAGCCGUCCCUUGACCUCCCUUCCACAUGCAGCAUAGGACUGAAGCUAGGUAGGGUUUUUACAAGAUAAAGUGGAGUGGGUGGACAAUGGCCAAAGGGAUCUACAUGUUUAAGUAGGCUUUGUACUAUUUCUAAUCUCGGACCAGACAUCUUUCCUGAGUGGCGUUAUAUGUCUCGGUGACUGACAUUUGGGUUGACUCUUAAAGGAGAAAUAAUGGUAUGUAUGGCCUUCUGCUACAUAGUAAACUUUUGACCUUCCAGCCAGCUCAGAACCCCAUGUCUCUACACAGGGCUGGAGACGAGACUCGGAUCUCAUCCUUUUGAUGAGUAAUAUAUAACAGAUUAGCAGAUUAGAAAGAAUUGCAUCAAAAAUCAAAAUGCAUCUAAAAAAAAAAAAGUCUUGCUUUAGCAGGAGGAAAUCACCUUCCCUUGGCUGAAUUCAACGAAGUCCUGUGACUUCUGCCUUCCUGUGUUUCUGUCUCAUCUGUGGCUGUACUUUCACUUAGAACUGCAGUUUUCAGGGGCAGCUGCAAUGCUCUCUCCCUCUUCUUACAUGGUAUUUGAACUUGUGAGGAGGGUCAAUUGUGAUGGCUCCCAAUUCCUUUACCUACUACUUUAUACCCGGAAAAUUUGAUUGUUAAUGGGGACAUAUGGAGUGGGCCUGAUGUGAACAAGCCUGCAGAGCAAGCCUCUGCAGGACAGAUUCAGACAACAGCCCAUGUAGGAACAAGGGACUCUGCCCAGUAUGGACAUCUUCCACCCAUCGCCCCAUGAAAUGCUUGAGAUCCUUCCCUUUGGGAAAAUGGGGACUACUUUGCUUUGAGACAGUCUCUGUUCCGUUUUCCUGAGCACUGAUGUAAAACUCUCCCCUCUUCUAAUCUCUGUUUUCUAAUUUGCUUUGGAAGUGGUGACAGGUACCAUAGGACCAGCAGUGACAGCUGAUAUAGGAUGGCCAAGUCCCAGUAGCAAGCAGAGUCCUCCAGAUUCCAUUUGCGGCUAUACAAGCUGGUGAAGACGGAGGAAUCCAUCUUCACUGGCCUUCCAAAAUCUGCUAGUGUCUAGAUACCUAACAAAAAAAUAUUAAAAAUCACUAUAGGUACAAUAUUUUAGACACAUUAUUAAAAAGUGUAAAUUUGUAUGUCAUAAGAAUGACUGAAGGGCUGAAGUUGCUUUCUACCUAAAAUUGACUAUUACAGGUAUUUUAGAAAUAAAGAGGUAUGCAUAA